CAUUUCUGAGCCUGAUCGACACAUCUACCACCUCAUGGCAUCUUUCAACCUCACCCCCUCUGACCCUUCAACAUUCAUCCUAAUGGGCAUCCCUGGCCUGGAAGCUGUCCAUGUCUGGAUUUCCAUCCCGUUCACUACGCUCUACAUUAUCGGCCUGUUGGGAAAUGUCAUGGUUCUGUUUGUCGUGGGCAAAGAGCAGACCCUGCACAAGCCAAUGUACCUGUUGCUCUGCAUGCUGGCGCUCACAGAAAUCGGCACGUCUACCUCCGUUGUGCUGAAGGCACUGUGUAUAUUUUGGUUUAAUAUGAAAGGUAUUACUUUGGGUGGCUGCCUCACCCAGAUGUUCUUCUUUCAUGCAGGUACUGUGAUGCACUCAGCUGUCCUCGUGACAAUGGCCUUUGAUCGCUAUGUUGCCAUAUGUAAACCUCUGAGAUACACCACCAUCCUCACCAAUGCACGAAUAGCUAAGCUAGGGCUAGUGGGUUUGAUAAGAGCUGUUCUCUUUGUUCUGCCCCUGCCCCUGCUCCUGAUCAGGCAGCCAUUCUGUGCCAACCGCAUUAUCCCCCAUACGUUCUGCGACCACAUGGCUGUGGCGAAGAUGUCAUGUGGGGACAUCACAGUCAACAGGAUGUACGGCUUGGUAAUACCAUUUGUAGUCAACAUGUUAGACCUGACACUCAUUGGCCUCUCCUAUGGUCUGAUCAUCAGGGCUGUCCUCAGAAUCUCUUCCAAGAAAGCCCACCAGAAAGCCCUCAACACCUGCACAGCCCACAUCUGUGUGAUGCUGAUGUCCUAUCCUUCCUUCUUCUUCUCCACUCUGACACACCGGUUCAGUCAGGGCAUCGCUCCCCAUGUUCACAUCAUCUUGGCCAACCUCUAUUUCCUCCUCCCCACCAUGCUGAACCCUAUCAUUUAUGGCGUCAAAAACAAAGAGCUUCUUGAGAAACUGGGCAAAUACACCUGCAGAAUGUGCUCGCCUGGGGACCACUGACUUUAAUCCUGUGUGACAAGAGGGGGAAAGAAUACUUCCUCCUUAAUCAAGGGCACUCUGUCCCAGUUUGGCUGAGCUCAACAUUGUGGAAGUUUGCAGUCUGAGAAGCUCUUCAAACCUAACAUCACUCCAUCACCAAGCACUGCUCUCUCCGUUGCUGAGUUCCCUCUCUCUGACCAUCACCUGAUCUCUUUCAACAUCACCCAUCAGCCCCCAUCUCCGCACAUCCUGUCACUCGUCCUUUCCAUGACUUCCAGACCACCAGAAGAUUCUUCUGCGUACUGAAGCAAGGCGACUUUCCAUUAGACCUUUUGUGAGCAGCUUUCUUGAUCAGUUUGAUGAACUGAAGCUAUGCUUUCUGAUAGCCAAAGAGAAAGAAAGCAACUACAGUGCUGAACUUCUUUGUCAUAUAUACAGUGAUCCGGUGACCUAAAUUUGCCUCAUUUUCCUUCAUCCAAUCUUUCAGGAAAUCAGGAGGGUAAACCAAUUUUUUCAUUGGAAAGUGCUACUACAGGAACUCUGCUGCAGGAAUUGAGGACAUUCUACUAGAGCUUAUUGGUGAGAGUUGUGAAACUGUGUGUUUUUGAGAACUGGACUGUGUACCCUGUAUUUGAGGGAUGUGUAUCCCAGAGAGUGAUCAAGCCAAUUGCAACCAUAUGAUGUGCACUCAGCCACUAUGAAUUAAUAAAAUAGAACAUUACGUAGUAUAGGGUUAAUUGGAAAGCAGGCUUUUAAAUGCAAGGUCAAAAUCUAGCUGGCAGUUUCCGCUAAUCAGAAUGGGAGGAGUGGACAGACAAAUAGAUAAGUGAGAAUGAAAGCAGAUAAGUGGAUGAAAACCUUCAGUCUGGAUGCCUUUGAUAUUGGACGUUUAUUGAAAGUUAGGAAAAGUGAUGAUCGAGUAGGGGUCACUAUGACCUAUGUCUUUUGUAGAAGUUAUACAAAUUUAGCUAAUACAGUGUAGUUUGGAGGAGUCCUCUGAAGCCAUCUUGAAAGACCUUUUUCCUGACACCCUUUCUCCCCAGCUGGUGAGCAACUGGCCACUGAGAACAUGCUGCUAAUUACUCAAUACCAUUCCAGCUGUUAGGUAAAUAUCUGGGAUGUUCUAAACCUAUUCCUUAUGUCUGUGUGCACUUAAAUCUAAUA